GCUUGCGGGCAAGGGCGCUCCGCCGCGGUCGCUGGAGUGGACCAGAGAGGAGCUGGAGCAUGGCCAAGUAGCCGAGGAAGCGCUUCAGGAUCUCGCCGGACGAAUGCAGGAGGCUGGAGUGUCCUUCAGCCUCACCAAAAGCGUUGAGGACUUCUAUCAGCUGGACCUGGCCACUGAGGCCUCGGCCUUGGUGCUGGAUUCCGCAAGCAGCUCCACCGCCGAGGUGCCCCAAAGCCCCUGGACCACGCUGAAGUGCCGGCACUUGACGCAGCUGGGCUGGCAGGUGGAGUGGCUGCCCGUGCGCCGCUGGGAGCUCAUGGAUGAGGAGGAGCGGCAGGCACUUGGCGAGCGCCUGGGAAAAAGGCGGAGCCGCCAGAACGUGACCCUCGAUGGAGAACUGCGCGCAGAUCACAAGCAGGGUUUUGCGCCGUUCUCCUGCCUUGGCGGCUCUUCUGCACGUGCGGAGACCCGGGCGCUGGUGUUACUCCGUGCGCUUGGCUCCCUCCUCCAUCGGCAUUUGAAGCAGACCUGGAUUUUUGCGGAGCUAUGCGCCAUGGACACCUGGAUGCAGCGCCAGUUGGAAGAGUUGGAGUGCUUGCAGGCCAUCUAUUGCGAGGAGGGGCAGUUCCGCUUGGACGGGGAGGCCCGUGAUGCAUUGAGCAAGGACGGCCCUCCAGUUUCGCUGGCCGUCCGGGUCUUCGACUCGGACAUGGGCCGGGUGCGCCUGGCUGCAGUGCUGCCGAAAGGCUACCCAGGCGAAGGCUUUGCGCCGGUGGUGUGGCUGGAGCCAGAGGCGUCGGGCCCGUCCAAGGUUCUGCAUGUGGCGGAGGACGAGGAUCUGUGCGGCAGGCUGCAAGAGGUCGCGCAGGCUGCGAAUGGCGAGGAGUGCUUGCUGCAGUUGAUCCAAGAGGCCGAGCAGCUGAUCCGGACCUGGGUGGAGGACGUGGCGGUGGCGGAAGCCGCCGAAGCUGCGGAAGAUGGGGAAGAUGCGGAGGAUCCAGGCGUGCUGGAUCUCGAUCUCCAUGCCGUCCAGCGGAAGUGUGAGGGUGGUCGCCUGGGCCGCCGCGCGAUGUUCUCCCACCACAUCAUUGCGCCGUCCAAGCGGCAGGCGAUCAAGCAGUGGGCCAUGCAGCUGGACCUAGGAGGUCUUGCCAAAGUAGGCUGGCCCGGAGUCAUCAUUGUCGAGGGUGAUGAGCGGAAUGUCGCUGCAUAUGUGGACGCGUUGAGCAGACUGCGCUGGAAGCAUUUCGUGGUGCGGGGUGAGCAGAUGAUUGAUGCGGCCCCUGGUGUGUGUCUGGACUCCUUGCGUGUCUUGCCCACGCCGCUGAGAGAGUACCCGCCAGAUGCCAUGUCCGAAUUUUCCGCUCACUGCCGAAAUCUGGGUGUGGAGGAGCUGUUUUUGGCAGCCUUGAAGAUUGGUGGGGGUGAAUCUGGGAGCACGCGUGGGGCCAAGAAGGGCAAGAAACGCUGA